AACAACCCGAGAGCUUCACUGUAGUGUAAGUUUUCAGCCCGGAGGAUAUUUAGCUUAGCUUAGCAUAGCUUAGCUAACUCCUCGACUCGAGCGAUUUAUUAUGAUGGGCCUGCACAGGGCCAGAAGCAGCAGUAAAGUGUGAGCGGCCAGACACGUCAGGACACGCCGUGCCGUCCUCUCCACGCGCGCACGCAUACACACACCAUCAUGGAGGAGCCACAGGAGGCACCAGAGCUCCCGGCAAAGAAAGCGAGGCACGACCCAGAAAUCGGUCAGGAAGAAGAUGUGAGUGGUGAGGUCGGUCAUGACAGCAGGCCAGAUGUUUUAGGCUCUAACAUCACCACUUACUCUCCAUCCUCUGCUGCACAUCUCGAUUCUGUUCCAGGGAAUCAAGAACGCUCAAAUCAACACAUAUCAGGCUGUGACUCAGACCGCUCCUAUACUAAAGUGGAGACCUGCAAAGAGCUCACAGCUCCAGAAUCUGAAUAUACCUCACAGAUCUACCCAGGAAACAACCCUGCAGUUACUGUAUACGACAACCAGGUGGCGUUUUCUGCUCUGGGUCAGUCAGCAGCGUACAGCACCUUCAGCCAGACGGGCCAAACCUAUGGCCUGCCUCCAUUCGGUGCCAUGUGGCCGGGCAUUAAGAGCGAGCCCAGGCUGCAGGACGUGUCCGCUGCUGGCCAGAUGCCGUUUCUCAGCUUCAGCACAGCUUAUACUUCAACUCAGCCGUGCCAGACCCACUACUCGUACCCCAGCCAAGGUUCCUGCUUCACUACGUCCAGUGUGUACUCCAACAUCCCCACAGCCCCUGCUGUCACCACAGCCACCGCCACACAUCAAGAUUUCUCCAGCUAUAAUUCACUGGGACAGAACCAGUUCUCCCAGUAUUAUGUCCCUCCCAACAGUUACCUCCCACCUGCACCCCCUAGCAGCCAAGAGGACGGAGAGAACGUCUCAGUGCCGCCGUACACGCCUGUGAAGACCGAGACUAGUGCCUCCACAGGACUGCCCAGCUCUACAGUUGCGUCUCCAGCCAGCGUGACCCUCCCCGUGGGCACGGCUCAGGACGAAGCCGCCCGCAGAAACCCUCUACCCAAAGCAAAAGGCAAAGCAAAGAAAUCAGACAGCGGUCAGUCUACAGACAACGACCUGGAGCGAGUCUUCUUGUGGGAUCUGGAUGAAACCAUCAUCAUUUUCCACUCCCUGCUCACAGGGUCGUUUGCGCAAAAGUUCGGCAAGGAUCCAGCUACGGUGCUCAAUCUGGGUCUGCAGAUGGAGGAACUGAUCUUUGAGCUCGCAGACACGCAUCUGUUCUUCAACGAUCUGGAGGAGUGCGAUCAAGUCCACGCUGAGGACGUGUCGUCUGACGACAACGGACAAGAUCUGAGCAACUAUAACUUUGCGAAUGAUGGGUUCAGUGGGACGGGCGGAGCCGGAGUGCAAAGCUCCAACCCAGCAGUGCAGGGUGGAGUGGACUGGAUGCGCAAGCUGGCCUUUCGGUACCGCCGCCUUAAAGAGAUCUACAACGGAUACAAAGGGAAUGUCGGAGCUCUGCUGAGUCCCCUGAAGAGGGAGCUGCUGCUCCGAGUGCGCGAGGACAUCGAGACCGUGACGGACAGCUGGCUCAGCACCGCCAUCAAAUCCCUCCUGCUGAUCCAGUCCAGGGGAAGAUGUAUGAAUGUUCUGGUCACCACAACUCAGCUGGUUCCUGCCCUGGCGAAAGUGCUCCUCUACGGCCUCGGGGACAUUUUCCCCAUCGACAACAUCUACAGCGCCACCAAGAUCGGAAAGGAAAGCUGCUUUGAGCGCAUCGUGUCACGUUUUGGCAAGAAGGUGACCUACGUGGUUAUAGGAGACGGCCGGGAGGAGGAGUUUGCAGCGAAGCAGCACAACAUGCCGUUCUGGCGCAUCUCUGCUCACGGUGACCUGGUGUCUCUACACCAAGCUUUGGAGCUGGACUUCUUAUAGAGUGCACACACACUCAGGAGGGCAUACAGGUCUCUCUUUCUCUCUCACACACACACACACACACACACACACACCACGUUAUGGACACCUGAUGAGUCUUGGAGGACAGAAGAAGGGUUUGAGCCUACAGGGUAUCCUUCCACUACCUUUAAGGCAGCUAAAUACCUGGGCACGAGCCUGGCACUGCGAUAAUCUCUUCAGAUAUGCACAAGGAUGGUGAAAAAGACCCGAACCUGGCCCUCGUACUGCCAGCCCACCGCAAAAGCACUGCGUGUUUUAUGAGCAUUUCUGUUCAAACUGGAUUCACCAAAGGAAAGACCAAAGCUGCACUGGCGUAAGGGUUUUGGAUUUUUUUUUUUUUCUUUCCCGUCAAUUUCUUUUUCUUUGUACAUCUCUCAUUUGCGUUCUCGAUCCUGGACUUUUUUUUUUCCCCUUUCCCUGUUUUGCACUCGGAGGACUGGACUGGUGGCAGAGCCUGAAUGUGGAUAUGGAAUAACAGAUUAGUUUUCUGACUUUUUUUUUUUUUUAUGCUUUAAAAGUUCAUUCACAUUUCAUUGAAGCGAAACAUCCAUCAGGUGGUCUACAGUAAAGUGGCUCAACGAUUCGGCACAGCUUGAUCCAGUUGAUUCAUACGAUUCCCAAUUGUAUGGAAUACGACUGAAUCAGUCGGACUGCCGAUAUUCACUUCCUGUGUGCAUACGUUUCUGUUCUCAUAGCAUGACUUUCAUUACUCUCACUCCCAUAAUCCUCUGAACCUGAAUUCAGGACGGACGGGAGGGAACGAAAAGCCCUCACCUCACCGCGCUGUAACAAGGACGCAUUGUUAAAUUGUUGAUUUUUUUUUUUUUUAAAUGUAUAAAUACUGGUGUUCACGUGGUACUUCAGUGUGGUUCCUGUGACUUUUACUUGUUCCAUGUGUCUAAUCAGAUGCUCAGUAUCGAACCCCGUGGAUUGUAAUCGUACGAGGACAUGAUUUGGCUCUCGGUGUAUUUUAAUGGCAGGCCAUUAAAGGAAUACUGUA